CUCUCUGAGUUUUAUGUCAUGCACCGCAGAUUAUCAGAGUAACCUUCAUUGUCGACGUCGGGCAACUCCGUCAAUGGCUUCUCGUUACGAAAUUGAAUUGUACAUUACAUCAGCCAACGACCUCAAGAACGUCAACUGGCGAUACGGUCCGCUGCGUCCAUACGCCGUCGUUUGGGUUGACCCGGACAAAAAGUGCUCUUCAAGAGUUGAUGAAGAAGGCGACACGAAUCCCUAUUGGGACGAGAAGCUUCUCGUACCCCUGCCGCCGGGCCCCAUCGAGGAUCACACACUCCACAUCGACAUCGUACACGCAGGUGGCAAGGAGGACGUGAAGCCUCUCAUUGGCUCGGCUCGGCUCAACCUCGGCGAAUUCAUCGAUGAGUCCGGUGUUGGUCAGAAGGCCAAUCGUACGCUUAAGCUGAAGCGUCCAUCCGGUCGGCCUCAGGGGAAGCUUGAGAUCAAGUUGGAGGUUAGGGAUCAGCGUUACCGUGAGCCGGAGUACUAUGCGCCGCCGUAUGGAGCUGGUGGGGCUAGGGAAUAUGUUCCGCCGCCGCCGUCUUCUUACGGUGCUCCUUACGCAGCAGCACCGCAAAAUCCCUACUAUGCGUCGCCGGCACCAUCGGGUUAUCCUUCCGGUGGUUACAACUACGGUCAGCCUGCUUAUGGUAACCCGAGUUACGGCCAAGAGUCAUACGGCUACGGUCGGGGGAGUUACGGUCAGUACGGUAAGGCGGAGGAGGAGAAGAAGAGCAAGUUUGGAGGAAUGGGGACCGGAUUGGCUGUGGGCGCGGUUGCAGGAGCAGUUGGUGCGAUCGCAAUAGCGGAGGGUGUGGAUGCAUUGGAGGACAAUAUCGCCGAUGACGUGGCAGAAAAGGUUGAGGAUGAUUAUUAUGAUGGUGGGGAUGAUGAAUAGUUUGAAAUGGGAACGACGUCGUUUAAAGCUCCUUGAAAGUUCAAAAAGUACUUUUGUUUUCUAUAUAAUUUUAUGUAUUGUGUAGCAAGCCAGGGCUGAAUUUGGGCAUCUAAACGAGAAUAAUUCGGUUGGAUAUGCUAUUAUAGUGCUCUGUUGAAGAAUAUAUACGCUUGUUGGCACUUUGGAAUAAUGUCUUCCUUCAUGGAUAAACAUGCUUUAUGUUAAAACAAAUAUGUCCUGUCGUUGUAGAACAGAGAGCUUCUUCUGGAAUUUCA